GGAGGAGAGUCCAAUCUCAACCUCACAUCAAACAGCACCACCUCCUCCUCUUCCUCCCUCUCAGUCUCGCCGCCGGAUUUCCUCAGCCACGUUAAUGCGGUCUUCAAGCGCCAUAGGCCCCUCGGUACGAUGCAGAACUUUUCACGAGCAAGUCGAGUGUUGGUUAAUCAGGGAGAAGCAUCGAAGGGUAGCAUCUCCACCACUUCAGUUGCUGUCAACAAUGACAAGAAGUUACCCCAAAAAAUAGCUAAUAGAGGAGCUGGGAGGUUGGUGAAUGUCGGACUUGAUCAAAGGAAAGACAGUGUGGUGGAAAUCAGGACAAAUCCUCAGGAGGAUUCCUCCCUUACUCCUCCUUCAAUUAUUGGAACUGUUAUUAAUGUUCGGGACAACAAUACGGGCUCAUUUGAAAGGCAACAGGUGGAGGCUGGAAUGCAAGUUGAAGAGAAAAAGGAAUCUCUAGCUGUAUCCUCAUCUCUUGAUGAUCUCAAGAACAAUCAGUUUUCUUCAUCUGAUAAUUCGAACCUAACUUUUCAAAAAGGGCAAGAUCAAUUUGGCAACAGGGUACCUGCUAACGAUCAGGAUUCAAAGCAGCAUGAUCUAGCAAAAAUACGAAUAUAUGGCACGGGUGAGGCUCACAUGACGCAGAAGAGGGAUGAGUUGAGGAACCAUCAAAGCAUGGAUCAAUUUGUUCGGUCUGCAGUUGUGGGUUCUGCAUGUGCUACAACAAUGUCAGUCCACUCAGGACCACCAUAUCAAUGCACCAAUGUUGCUUUGGCCGGACACUCUGGAUUUUCGACUCAAAUGUCCUCUGCUGUAGAGAACAUGUCGGAUGUUCCAGCUCAUAGUCUCCCAUUAGGCCAAGAGAGUGUGGUAAAGGAAGCUGAUGGACAACAGCAUCAGCAACAGUCUCUUCAAAUGUGUGAAGGUAUCAGGGAGAACAUGGUUUCUAGCAAUGCCAGUCAUUUGAAAUCUCAAGUUCUUUCUGCAAAUAAUCCAUCUGCCAAUGUGGAUGUGGAGCCUUCUCAGUCGAGCAAAGUUGAAAAGGCUCCCCGUAAGAAGAAAUACGAUCCUGAUGUAUUUUUUAAAGUCAAUGGCAAGCUUUACCAGAAGCUAGGAAAAAUAGGUAGUGGGGGAAGUAGUGAAGUUCAUAAAGUAAUAACGUCAGAUUGUACAAUAUAUGCACUUAAAAAGAUUAAACUCAAAGGACGCGACUAUCCAACAGCUUACGGGUUUUGUCAGGAGAUUGAGUAUUUGAACAAGCUAAAGGGAAAAGGCAAUAUCAUACAACUAAUUGACCAUGAGGUGACUGAUAAAACGUUGCUUCAAGAAGUCAUUAAUGGCUCAAUGACUGUAAAGGAUGGAAGGAUCAAAGAUGAUCAAUAUAUUUACAUGGUUCUGGAGUAUGGAGAGAUUGACUUGGCUCACAUGCUUUCACAAAAGUGGAAGGAGGUGGAAAGCUUAAGUUUAGAAAUAGAUGAUAAUUGGCUCCGAUUCUAUUGGCAGCAAAUGCUUGAAGCUGUUAAUACCAUACAUGAGGAGCGUAUUGUUCACUCGGAUUUGAAGCCUGCGAAUUUCCUGCUCGUCAGAGGAUCCUUGAAGCUUAUUGAUUUUGGCAUUGCAAAAGCUAUACUGAGUGAUACAACCAACAUACAACGUGAUGCUCAGGUCGGAACCCUAAACUACAUGUCACCCGAAGCAUUCAUGUGGAAUGAACAAGACUCAAGUGGAAACACCAUAAAAUGUGGACGUCCUUCAGACAUCUGGUCUCUCGGUUGCAUCCUGUACCAAAUGGUCUAUGGAAAGACUCCCUUUGCCGAGUACAAAACUUUCUGGGCCAAGUUCAAAGUCAUCACCGAUAAAAACCAUAAAAUCACUUAUGAACCAGUCUCCAAUCCACUGCUUGUCGAUCUUAUGAAAAGAUGCCUUGCAUGGGACCGAAAUGAGAGAUGGAGAAUUCCCCAGCUUCUUCAGCACCCUUUUCUUGUACCUCCAAUUCCUAGAGAGUUGCCAACACUACCAGAUAACCAGCAGUAUAGUUUUCUUUUGGAGAAGAUCUCUUUGUAUUGGAAUGAUCCUGAGGUUUCAAGACUAUGUUCUCAACUCCACGAAGUUGUUGACAAUCUUGAGAGACCUCGCAAGGAUUAGGAGUUCAUGGUAAGUGAGUAAUCAGCUGUGUUCAAUUAGAUGUAUAUUUUAUUUCAUUGAAACGGGC